AUGAUUAUGAUGCUUGGAAUAUAGUUGAUGUGGAUAUAUUGUUAGAGGAACCUCAAGAACCAAUAGAAAUGGAUAGUAAAAAAAAAAACCUUAAAAAACAUAAAUUAAUAAUAAAAUAGUAGUUAAAGGUGGUAGAAAUGUAGUUAAAUCACAAGUAAUUUUUAAUAAAGAACAAGAUAAUGAAUUAUUUAAACAGCCAGAGUUUUAAAGUGCAAUUAAUAAAUAUAUAGAGUGUAUUAAAGAAUUAAAUUAGAAAUAGUCUUUAUAUGAAGAAUAAAAAGAAUUACUUAUAAUAAUUUAUUCGAGUCGAGCCUACAAGAAAUAGGUAAAUAGAAUGAAGCAUUAAAAGAUAGAAUUGAUCAUUAUGUAUUUGAAUUGGAAUAAAACUAAUCACUCUACUUAAAAAAAAUAUUGA